CCCUGGUUGACGAUUAUCCACAGAAGCACAACACCAAUCAUCAGGCAGCUUUCCUCCUCUACUCUCAUCUUUUUUCCCUUUCAAUUCCAGCUAUUGAUUAGCUUCUCUUCUCUCCCACUCUUCUAAUCAAUAAAACGUUGAUCGUUGGCUUUCUUCCUGUAAUCUACAAUUAAAGGUACCUACCAUCCCACAUCUAUCGAGUGACUUUCGUAUGACUGCCCGGCUUCACAGUUGAUUGUAAAAUGCACGCCUCCACCACCACCCUCCUCUCCCUGACCGCCCUCCUUCUCCUCACCCUAUCCUCCUCCCUUUCCGCCCACGGCGUAAUCGUUGCUGCCACUGGCGACUUAGGCGGCUCAGGAACAGCCCUAGCCGUCGACGCCGCCACUCCCCGCGACGGGACCCGCCGCCGGCCGUUCCAGCAGGACACCACACGCUUCCCGGACGCGGCGGACUCCGACUCGCCCUCGGCCGGCGCCUCAGGGUGCGGCGAGACGCUCCAAAACGGCGACAUCGACAUCGCCGCCUCGAUGCAAGCGGUAUCACCGGGCGGACAAGUGGCGAUGACGCUGCACCAAGUGAACGCGGACGGCGCGGGGCCGUACGCUUGCAUGGUCGAUCCCACCGCCACCGGAGAAAGCUUUGAACCCAUGCUGGUCUCGCAGAAUGUCCCCGGCGAGAACGGCCGCGAACGCGGCGGCCAGGCGAGUGAUUUUGCGCUGGUCGCGCAGAUGCCAGAGGGAAUGGUGUGCACUGGUACGGCGGGUGUGAUGACGGGUGUCUGUAUGGUCCGCUGCCAGAAUCCGGCUAGGGCAGGCCCGUUUGGUGGAUGCGUGCCCGUGCAGAUGGUUGCUGCGGCGGGUGUGGGUGCUGUGGAUCCUCCGGCGGCGGCCGGGGCUGCCCCACCUGCGGCUGCGGCUGCGGUUGUGGCCCCGCCGCUUGCCACUGCUGCGACUGCUGCCGGUGUCGUUGCUCCUCCCGCACUCGAGGCACCGGGGAGCCUCGUAGCACCUGGCGCAUCUCUCGCCCCCGCCGACGAAGCGCCUGCCACGAAAGCCCCCACUGCCGGUGGUGUCCUCUCCCGUUUUCGCACCGGCCAACGGAUCUAAACGGCACUCUCUGGACUGUAGUAAGAAUAGCCGUGUGAAGGGCAGUAGCUAGUCAAGAAUAUCUGCCCGUGUGAGUUGAGAAUCUCUGCAGUUAUGUGUUGAGCCUGCUGGCGAGUUUUUGUGGAGGAUUGGUGGUUGGUGAUCAUGUUUUUUGUUUUGGUUGAAUGGAU